AUGCCAACAGCAACAAAAAAGUUAUUAUUUCUUGCUGCUUCUGCAACAAGUCUUGGAGCUGUGGUAGUAGUGUGUGUUAUUCUCGCCACAAAGGAGUGGGUUUCAACGAAUGUCAUGUGUAGGAGGGCAGGAGCAAAUAAUUCUAUCAAUGGGAGUAUUGAUAUGCAAUAUGGGCUUUUCGAAGGAUUUGGCAGCGAUGGAUGUGUAUUUGGAGCCAACAAGCAAUUUCAAGUAACUAACUUUCUAAGCAGCUCUUCUAACCUUCAAGGAGUUCACGUCAUUGUCAUUUUAUCCUUAAUAAUAUGCCUGGUCUGCUGUACAGCAAGUUCUAUAACAACAUUUAACAACAUCGGCAGGAACCCAUCUGAGACAUUCUGUGGACCCAUUGGAGUAUAUACGUGGAACGGGAUUAGCAGUAUUUUGUCAACCCUGGCAAUGGUUUUAUUUGCACUCAAUACAGAACUUAAUGGACUAUCCCUGCAUUUGGCAAAGGAACAUACCAAACACUUAGAAGAUUUGCUUUUACAUUCUGCUACAGAUUCAUAUGGAUAUUCUUUCUGGAUAACAUUUGUGGUCAUUGCAUUAAAUAUUAUUACAAUCUGUAUUGCCUUUGCCUAUGAACACAGAAGUUACAACAGAAAGCAGGAACAACAAAUACCAAUUGAAAAUGCACCAAGAGAUGUGCUCAUGUACUAAUAUGGACAAAUUAUACAAAAUCUAAAGCACAACUGCCAUAUUUUAUUAAAACAAACUUGUCCAGCCAUUCUCACUGAUUAGCUGUUAAUAUAAAAAAUGUAAAGUAGCUCUGACAUUUUGUCUUUCUAUAAUUAUUCGUCUUUUGCCCUUGUUAGACAUGUUGUUUAAUUUAUGACUCGUUCUGUACCUUUGUAUUGAAUGUUGAUUUCAGAAUUUGAGACUACAGCAUUUUAUUCUAAAUACUUCAUUCCUACCCAGUUAAUCGAUGUGAAUUAUUAUUUAAUCUCAGCUAGGUAUUCAGUCUAUAAUUGACCAAAAGAAGAUCAUAAGACCAGAUUAUUCUGUCAUUCUGGCUGCUAGUGAGAAAAUGCAGCAUAUAAUGUUAAGACGUUUCCUAAAAAUGUAUGGGCUUAAACAGGAUUUUGAGUAGAUUUAUGUUGACACUGGGUUGCCAUGUCUAUUCUGUACCAUAGAGUCAUACUGGACAUUCACCAACAAGGAAUUAAUGUAUUAGAAGAACCCAGUAUCAAGUCCAUGGAUUGACAGCAACAUAUUAAAUUCCCAUACAGCACAGACUAAAAAAAAACAAUGAAGCUGCCAUCAUCCUGUUUUUCCUAGAUAAACACAACAGUUUAACAUGUGUAAAACAUAAAUAAAAAGAAAACUAAAGCAGAUGACUGUUAACAAAAAUGACUUCAACACAUGUGCAAGGACUUACUGUUCUACUUUUCUAUCACUAACCACAUCUUCAAAAGCCAGGUUUAGCAAGCAUGGAAAAACAGAGCAAAAAAAUUCAUUUCUGUCUGUGUGUUUGGGUGUAUUUUUGUACUGAGCUUUAUUGGUCAGGAAUUCUGGACUAAGUCAACAAUAAUGGAGUGACAAAGACCAAAAAUCAGGGAUAUUUUCUAGAUGUUGUUAUUCUAAUUAACUUAAAAAAGUCAAUAAAAUAGUGUGAAUUAAAAUGCAUUUCCUGAACAAUUAACAGCAUGAAAUUAUC